AUGAGGAAAGAGGAAUCGGAUGCUUUGCAAAAUGCAAUUGCAAAGGUUAAGCAAAUCGUCGAAGGGAAGCACCAAUUUGGUAGUGAGGAUUAUAUGCAGAUUUAUACUGAAAUCUAUACAAAAUGCUAUCAAAUAGUGGAUCGGACGACGAUGCAAUCUGAAUAUGAGAAAACCCUAGAAGAUCAUAUCAAUUCAACAGUUGUCCCCGCAUUGAGGGAUAAAGAAGAUGAGAUUCUUCUGACAGAAUUUGUAAAGCAAUGGGAAUUCUACAAACGAAUGGUCAGACUUGUAUUGAAUCUUGUAUUUUAUAAGUUGACCCGUGAUGAUUGGUUCUCACGUGAAGAUUUGUUCAGUAAACACAAGGAAGCUGCUCAGAGAUGCUUCGUUGAAAUGGUCUUAAAUGAAUGUAAAGUACAGGCUGCUAUGCUGGUUCAAAUUCAUAAAAUACGGGAAGGUGAGAGCAUUCUUGAUGGGACUCUAUUGAAGAAUGUUGUGACUAUGCUGUGGGAUUUUGGGAUGGACUACUAUAAAGAUUUUGAGGUAGCCGUUUUUGAAAGUACCACCAUAUAUUAUUCCAGAAAGGCUGCUUCAUGGAUGUGUGAGUAUUCUUGUCCAGACUACUUGUUGAAGGUUGUUAAGUAUUUAAGGUUGGAGAAAGAAACAAUUGCAAUGCAUUGUGUGCAUCAAAGUAGCCAAACUAGGUAUCUAGAAAUUGUAGAAAAUGAACUUCUUUGCAAGCAUGAAUGCCAACUUUUGAAGGAAGAUUCAGAUUGUCAUCCAUUGUUGAGAAAUGACAAGAUGGAUGAUCUUUCAGAGAUGUUUAACUUGUUUUCUGGAAUAGAUAAAGGCAUUCAGCUCAUGGCCAAAAUAUUUAGACAGCAUGUUACCAGGCACGGUACAUCCUUAGUUAAACAUGGAGGGCAAAUGGUGGCAGAGGCAUUAAAGGCAAAUAAUGGAAAAGAAGUGAUUGCAAGUGAAAAAGAUCAGUUUGUGAGGAGGAUUAUCCAAUUGCAUGAGAAAUACAUGCAGUGUGUGCAGGAGAAUUUUAUGAACAACCGCCUUUUCAAAAAUGCACUCAUGGCAGAAUUUUAG